AUCAAGGAAUGAAUAAAUCUGCAUCUUACGUGGCAGAAACCCAGCCUGACCUUCUGCCUCCCCCAGACACGUGUAAGAUAGGAACCACGUGUCAGUACCUGGUUCCCUCCCUCCUAAACCUGCUCUGCGGGGCUCAUUAUAAACGUAGCGGCUGACAUUUCACCAGGCCGAAAACAACUGAAUGGGGAUAUCUCUCCGCCUCAGUUGUGGCAGAUUCAGAUUCAGUUCACCUCGAGAAGGCGUGUGUGUGUGUGGUUGCCGCUCAUUGUGUGUGCGUGUGUGUGUCUGUGUGUGUGUGUGUGUGUGUGUGUGUGUGUGUGUGUGUGUAUGUGUGUGUGUGGGCAAAUGUGUGUGUAUGUGUUAACACGCAUGAUCCGUCUGGUCUGUCAGAGGAACAGUAGGGCUGCUCUGGGGUCUGCCGGUCGCGGGGCGUCCAUUACCAUAACGUAAUGGAGGGGAGAGGGAGCCUUUCAUGACAAGUGAGCCUCAUUAGCUCUGCGGCGUCUUCAUCAAUGUCGCUGCCCUACGUCCCCUCACACACAGCGGACCCGCACAGACCCCCCACGGACCCCCACGAACGCCACUGUGCUCCUCAUGGGACUCUCUGGGGUUAGCAGAGGCAGAGGGAGCUGUCGUUAGCUACACUCGAGUUAACCCGUUUCCUGAGCGUGCAGCAGUGGUUGCUGGGAUACGCGUUGUGUUUGCUGUUCAUUUUUAUUUUUUCAUAUGUUUUAUUUAUUGUCAGUUUUGCUCUUCAAUAUGAUAUGGUCCUUAAAACUGGAGUUGUUCCCACUGGCUCCAUUAGCCCAAGCCUCCUAAAACAUAUGUCCGUAAACACACAAAACAGUGAAUAUCUGUGGCUCAAAAUACAACGCAAAUAGUUUUCCAUGGCUUCAGACUCCCUUUCACAUCUUGUCCCUCCUCCUUGGCCUCCUUUUAUCAGGUGCCUGUGGUGUCCUGUGUUGUCCCUCCUCCUCCUCCUCUUCCUAUCCGGAACCUGUGUUUUCCCUGCCCCUCGUCCUCCUCAUCCUAUCAGGAAGCUGUUGUCUCUGAGCUGUGUUGUCCCUCCUCGUCCUAUCAAGAAGCUGUUGUGUCCUGUGUUGUCCCUCCUCCUUGUCCUCCUCGUCCUAUCAGGAGCCUCUUGUGUCCUGUGUUGUCCCUCCUCCUUGUCUUUCUCGUCCUAUCAGGAGCCUAUUGUGGCCUGUCCUUGUGUCUUAUGUUGCGUUCCCUUAUGUCUAUGUGCUUUGUCUUUCAAACUUGUGAUGUCACUUCCUGGUUGUUUCCAUCCGGUUCGUCCAGGUAUUUCUACCGACCACUCAGCACUGUGAGGAGGGCCAACUCCAACGAGCACAUGGGCACGCUCACCAGGAGGGACUCGGGCGAGACCAAGGGCAACCGGACCCGCGCCGGAUCCACCGGCAGCAACUCCAGCGGCAAGAGGAGUGACAGCAGCCGGCAGAGGGAGCCCAUAUUCAAUGCAGGGACUCGACGGGUGACCCACUGCAAAGAGGAGGGCUAUGUGAAGAUGUUCUUAAAGGGCCGCCCGGUCACCAUGUUCAUGCCCAGAGACCAGGUGGAGCCCUACUGCCUGGAGGCCAAAGCCGACCUGCCUGGGAGCAAACUCAAGCUGGACUGGGUAUACGGUUACCGGGGCCGCGACUGCCGCUCCAACCUCUACCUGAUGCCCACCGGGGAGACGGUGUACUUCAUCGCCUCGGUGGUGGUGCUGUUCAAUGUGGACGAGAGGCUGCAGAGACACUACACCGGGCACACGGACGACAUCAAAUGCCUGGCUGUUCAUCCUGACAAAAUCACCAUAGCAACCGGCCAGGUGGCGGGAACAUCGUGUGACGGCAAGCUGGCUCCUCACGUGCGUGUGUGGGACUCCGUCAGCCUCAACACGCUCCACGUUCUUGGCACCGGGUUCUUCGACCGGGGCGUGGCCUGCCUGGCCUUCUCCAAGUCGAACGGUGGUAACACGCUGUGUGUGGUGGACGACUCCAACGACCACGUCCUCUCCGCCUGGGACUGGCAGAGAGAGGACCGCCUGGCUGACGUCAAGUGCUCCAACGAGUCGAUGUUCGCUGCAGACUUCCACCCCACAGACAGUCACGUCAUCAUCACCUGCGGCAAGUCUCACCUCCACUUCUGGACCCUGGAGAAAGGCCUGCUGGUGAAGAAGCAAGGCCUGUUUGAGAAACAGGAGAAGCCCAAGUUCGUCAUCUGCGUGACGUUUGCAGAGAACGGAGACGCCAUCACAGGAGACUCCAGCGGCAACAUCCUGGUGUGGGGGAAAGGCACCAACCGUAUCAGCCAGGCGGUGCAGGGGGCCCACAGCGGCAGCAUCUUCGCCCUGUGCAUGCUGCGCAACGGCACCCUGGUCUCCGGGGGGAAGGACCGACGGCUGGUGUCCUGGAACAGCAGCUACCAGCAGAUCCAGAGUGUGGAGGUGCCCGAGCUGUUUGGACCAAUCAGAACCAUCGCUGAGGGCCGGGGGGAGAGCGUUCUCAUCGGAACCACCAAGAACUUUGUUCUCCAGGGCAGUCUGGACGGGGAGUUCACCCCCAUAACGCAGGGCCAUACUGAUGAGCUGUGGGGCCUGGCCGUCCAUCCCUCCAAGCCUGUCUUCCUGACCUGUGGCUACGACAAGCAGGUCAGCCUCUGGGAGUCCCGGAGCCACCAGCCAAUCUGGACCAAGCAUCUGGACGAAUCUGCCCAGUCAGCCUGCUUCCACCCGUCUGGGACGGUGGUUGCCGUGGGAACACACACGGGCAGGUGGCUGGUGCUGGACUCGGACUCCAAAGACCUGGUCACGGUCCACACAGACGGGAGCGAGCAGCUGUCCGUGAUGUGUUACGGCCCAGAUGGGAACUUCCUGGCCAUCGGUUCCCAUGACAACUAUAUCUACAUCUACGCCGUGACGGAGCAGGGCAGGAAGUACAGCCGGGUCGGGAAGUGCUCGGGUCACUCCAGCUUCAUCACCCACCUGGACUGGUCGGUGGACUCCCAGUACCUGGUGUCCAACUCUGGGGACUACGAGAUCCUCUACUGGAUUCCGUCGGUGUGUAAGCAGGUGGUGAGUGUGGAGACCACCAGAGACAUCACCUGGGGGACCAGCACCUGCUCCCUGGGCUUCGAGGUCUUCGGGCUGUGGCCGGACGGUUCUGAUGGGACUGACAUCAACGCUGUGUGCAGCUCCAAUGAAAAGAGCCUGCUGGCCACUGGGGACGACUUUGGGAAGGUCCACCUCUUCUCCUUCCCCUGCUCCCAGUUCCGGGCUCCCAGUCAUGCUUAUGGUGGCCACAGCAGUCAUGUGACCAACGUGAACUUCCUGUAUGAUGACAGCUUCCUGGUGUCGACGGGGGGGAAGGACAUGAGUGUGAUGCAGUGGAGGAUAGUCUGAGGACUCGGGCAGCAGACCUGUGACAGGCUGCCACCCUCCUCCUACUAGACCUUGCUCCUCACGUCUCCAGACCAGGAGAAUAAUAUCUGAACUGCACUAGAAGCCGACCAAACCAAACCCAAACGGAGACCACACACCAACCGGAGGAAGCAUGACUGAGCAGGGUCGCAGCGCGGGGACUGUGUGAACUGACCUGAGCACUGAGUUACGAUGAUGUGAAGUGAAAGCUGUGUGGAACUCAACUAAAAGGACGACUUGAAGAAAUCCCAGGUUUCCGCUAAAGAACAGAACUGGUGGAUUGUCGCGUUGCUUUAAAAAAUCCAGAAAUAAAAUAAACACAAAACACAUCGCUUCACUUUGCCGCAAAUGCUAAAUAUUUAUUUUAACAGUACUGUUAAAGUGACGUGAAACACGUAGUGAAUAGAAUUUAACAUGAGAACAAGGAUUUUUAUCCAACUAGCCAACAAAAAACCAAAGGCUCAGAUUCAAACAGCAUUUGUAAGUAGUAAUAACGUUUAGCUAUUUGAUUUAGUGUCUCCCGUUGUAUGUUAUGAAGUCAAUAACUUCCUCUAUUGUCCCCAAUUAAUGGUUUAAUAUUGAGCAUAUUGGAGGAACCAAGUGCAGAGCAAAGUGAUUUUAAAUUAUUUUGUAUUUAACAACUCAGGAAAGCACUAAAGGAAGUUAAUAUUUUCUUGUUAAAGCCUUCUCUUGUCCAGGUACACCAACCCACCUUGGUAAAACACUAACCAACAUUGAAAUGUGGAUAUCACAUUCAUUUAUAUGUGAACAGUCGAAGAAUCUGAAAUCAGAUCUGCUCAAAUCCAAUAUUGUAAUAUUAUACUAAUAAUAGUUAGGAAUAAUUCAGUAUUUAGUCUGUACCAAAUAAACCACUUGCAAUUCCCAUGUGAAUGGUACUUUAUAAAAUCAGUGGUUUGCAGCAUCUCAAUGGUUUUAUCCAAACCUUUUCCAAGUAGCAUGGCAUCAGUAAUAACAGAACACGUGCCUUCCUCAACUGUAAUCUGGAGAAGUCACAACUGUUUGUGCUUCUAAUUGAAUAACGAGACGGGCAUCUUUUAUCUGGAAUGAUACCGAGUCACAACCUAAACUGCCAAUUUGUUCUGUCAUGCGUGAUGAUGUGUAAAUAGACCGAAAGGCUUUACAGUUGAUCUAGUAGUUGAACGGUGAAGAUGUAUUGUUUGAAAAGUAUCGUAACAUGCAUGAGGUUUGUUUGGUAUGUGUUUCUUUUUUUUUUCUUUUUUUACCAGGCACUUGAAUAGCCUCGAAGGCAGACGGGCAAGGCAGCGGGAAACUCAACCAAGCGCCUAUUAAGUUGUUCAGUAACUUGAUAUUGUAAAUUGUUCCCAAAUCCGUUUUCUACCUGAAGGCAUGUCUGGACGAGAGAGAUGACCUUUGCACUGUAACUUAACUUCUGAUGUGCUCUUCCGUCGUCCAAUCUCAGCUAAUAACACCAGAGAAACCACCAGAGAAACCUGGAGGUUUUUUUACUGGUCAACACUGCUUCUAAUGCUUCCAUUCAGAAACAUGACUUCUUCACACGACGAACAUGCAAAUGCAAAUAAACAAGCGCUUCUUGAAGGUU